GCCCUGACACCUGACAUCCAAGCUGGGGAGGAGCCUGCAACUAAGGUAUGUGCCCUUGACUGGGAUCGCACCUGGGACCCUUCGGUCUGCAGGCCGAGGCUCUAUCCAUUGAGCCAAAUGGGCUAGGGCCUGACAUAGAUUUUAACAAAGCCUUAUCGGCACUCACUAUGCAAAGGCACUGCUCUAGGCACUUUUAUUAAUCAAUCCGUGUAACUCCACACACACUGUUAUCUCUAAUGCGGAAACAGGAGUUAGUAACUUGCCCAAGAUGGCCCAACAAGCAAAUGCACCUUUGGGGUUGGGGCCCCGCUUUCCCACCUGACUCCAGCCUGACCUCCCCCACAGCCCUGCCCUGCAGCUGUGACAUGGAGGGAGUGACCUGGGGCCUUCUCCUUGUGCUGGCAGGCCUGCCUGCCUUGGAAGCCAAUGACCUGAUUGAUAAAGACAGUUCCUUCUCUUAUGACUGGGAGGCCCUGCAGCUGGGCGGGAUGAUCUGCGCUGCGCUCCUGUGCAUCGCUGGAAUCUUGUUCGCCCUGAGUGGCAAGUGCAAAUGCAAGCACAAUCGCAAGCACAGCCCCUUAUCUGAGAAAGCUGUUCCAUUCAUCACUCCAGGCUCUGCCAGUACCUGCUGAGCGCAGGACCAGCUUUGUGGGACCACCAGGGCCAGCUCCCAUGCUGCUCCCUCCCCACUUGGGGGCCUUAGGCUCCUUCUGAUCAGGAGGCUACUCAAAGCUUAUUUCCAAAUUAAACUGGUCUCACAC